GAUGGAGAGAGGGAGAAGGAGAGGGGGUGGGGGCUACUUAGACCGAAUCAGGGUGCCGGUGUGAGUGUUGUUGUCGGCAUAGGUGGAGGGUUUUUGCACGGGAGCAUGUUCGGAUUAAAAGCUGUGAUCAUCCGCGGCUCCCCCGGUUUGCGCCGCUGGUCAACGUGACGCGCAGAAAGUGAAAGGCGCACCGCGACUGGAGUCACUCGUUUGGAUUUGGAGCCAGUGACAGCGGAGGGAUCACCAAGUUGAGAUGCUGUAAGAGCUCGAGGAGGAUGCUCCCGUCUCGCAGUUGUUAUUGUGCGUUAAGUUUGGACUGAAAAUACCGGAAAGGAGCGCGCUCUUCCGUCUGGGAUGUAUUUUAUGUGAACUGCGAUAGGAGAAAAAAAGGUCAAGUGGACGCGGUUUUAGUGCUGGGGAGAGAUUCCGUUUGAGGGAGAGGAGCGGAACAAAGCGCGCGCCGGGCUGAAUACCCAACACAAAUCUGGGUAAACAAAUAUGACGGCCGAUUUUGACGUUGUGUCACGUCUGCUGAUGAGCAACAAUACCGCCGAUAGAAAUACAAACCUUGGAUGAAUUCUGGAGUGUAAUUAAUUGUGAAAGGGGGGGAUCUAAUCCAGGUGGCGCAUCUUAUCUCCCCUCGGCUGCGCGUAAUGGGAGAAAAGUUUCGGACCUUGCAGAGGAGACGCACUCGCAGCAUCCCGCCGUCGACGCGCUUAUAAAAUAACAUGAGCAUCCUGCUGUUCCGUCCGCGGCUGACGAAGUUUGAAAGUGAAUUUCAGCCAUUCAGUAUGACUUGAAACAUCCUCUGGGGGUUAUCGGAGCUCGCAUCAAGCCAGUUAACGAUCCAUGAACCGCCGACCCGAUUUGUCCAAAGACGCGCAGACGGACAUUAAUGAUCUAGAGAGGAUUUCUGCAGCAGCAGCGAAGUGAAAGCCUGAUCCCAGCCAGAGAGAGAGAGAGAGAGAUUCCACCUGGAUGUCUAUGAUGUUGUGCCAGCUCGGGCAGAAGUGUGUGAUGGAGGUGGUGGUGCUGACCAUCCUGUCCUGGGUGUCCGUGUGGGCAGAGGAGAAGAUCAUAUUUGACAGACAUGCUGUCUACUGGAACAGCUCCAAUCCCAAGUUCUGGCACGGAGAGUACAGGGUGGCAGUGAACAUUAAUGACUAUCUGGACAUCUACUGUCCUUACUACGAGGGUCCUCCAUCCCACGGGCGCAUGGAGCGCUACAUCCUGUUCAUGGUCAACCACGAGGGCUACACUUCCUGCCAGCACAGGAUGCGUGGCUUCAAGCGCUGGGAGUGCAACCGUCCCAGUGGUCCUGAUGGACCCCUGCGCUUCUCAGAGAAGUUCCAGCUCUUCACCCCCUUCUCCCUGGGCUUUGAGUUCAGGCCUGGACAUGAGUACUACUACAUCUCGUCUCCUCACCCAAACCAUGUGGGGAGAGCAUGUCUAAAGCUGAAGGUGUAUGUCAGACCUCCAGAUGGGUCGGGAUACGAUUCUCCAGAGCCCUUCCUGACUGAUGGAGGUCCAAGGUGGAGGCCAGGGUCCAUGGCCCUGUUAGUUGCUCUGGCCUCACUGCUCCUGGGACUCUUCUCCUGGCUGUGACCCCUCUCCUUCUUUUCCUGGAGCUCCCACCCAGGGUCGCUGGGCUGGGCUGGCUGUCCCUCUAAAUCCACCACCCCUCAGGGAAGCCCUCUGUCUCCGUCCUCCCCUCUCCCACCUCCACCUCUAUACGACCACCAACCACCCCCACUGCCAGCUCCUUCCAUGGCCCAGCCACAGACACCCUUCCCAGGCCUGGCAGAGAGGGUUGGGUCUUAUGAUGUCUGGGAAGCAGCCCUUCAUCUCUGAUCCCCAAACUCUUGGUGGAACAGCACCUCUCAGCUGAAAAACACAAGGGAAAUGUCUCUGCACUCAUAUCAGGGGGUCCUUUUGAUUUGACUAUUGACUCUUGGCCACUGAUGGGGUAGAUGUAGUCGCGGCUAUGAUUAAACUUGUCGUUCCAGUGCAAUUCCUAUCAUCCAAUCACGGCAGGAUGCAUUAAGCGAUAGGCCUGGAUGCACAAAAAUUGGAUUUUUCUCACAUUGCUGUCCCAUCGUCAAACCAAGAAUUGGAAGUGGCCAAGCUUGCAUUGUAAUUGAAAUUCUAUAUUAUCUGGACCAAUUCCAACUGCAGCGAGAAAAGGAGCAAAUGUAUAAAGAUGGAAAGGGGGAAAAGUGACCCGGCCUGUGCAGAAAAGAAAGGGAAAACAAUGCGGACACAGUUUUAAAUGAAUACGGCCAUAUGGGAGAUGUAAUAUUAUAUGUGUUGAUAUUUUCAGACCCAGUCUAAAUUCGCAGCAAUGUGAUAUAAAAAUCAUAUAGUUAGAUUAUUUUUUUUUUUUUUAUGAGAAGCUCAGAUAUCACAUUAUAAUGACAAGUAUAACCAUAGCCUGUUUCAGUGGGAGGGUGGGGUGUGUGUGUUGGGGGAGGGGGUUCUGGGUGGGUUUGGUGAGGUGUAU